AUCGUAGAUAACGGAAUUCAUUAUCUGUUGAAGCUCUUUUUCCCAUGAAAUCUGUAUAAAAGGUAACAAAAUCGGGUUUCAUUCGGUGGAUCGACAAAGCUAAGUUCACAGGCAGCCAUGGAAGGCACAGGUUUUGCCAGAGCAGCAGUAACUCUGAUCAUUCUCUCCUCUGUCGUUGAUGGGUACAAUGAGAAGAAUCUGCUUAAAACGCCUGUGACCCAAGUUACUUCUACUGCCGUCGAGCCUGCGACGUCUAAAGCAGUGGAUGGCGAGUGUGUCGACACAGUCAUCUGCGGGGACGAUCAUUUUGUCCCCAAGUGUAACUACUGUGACCCCAGAUACUUCUACUGUAGUGAACCGUAUGCGAAGCCUGUAGAAAAAGCGUGCCCUUCUGGGCAGAUGUUCAAUACUGACCCUCUUUAUUGGAAAUGUAUUUUGACAAAUAACUGCCCCUACCAUCCUCCAUGGACAACCACUUCUACCACUACUACUACCACUCCAACCACUACUACAACAACCACAGCCACUACUACAACAACCACAACCACUACUACUACUACUACUACGCCCACAACCACAACCACAACAACAACCCCGUUUUCAGGUUGCGUAGACAAAUUUAUGUGUAAGGAGAAGGGAAACUUCGCAAGAUGUAACUAUUGCCACCAGAGUUAUUUCUACUGUGAAAAAGCCGGACUCCCUGGAAUAAAGGAACUCUGUCAGGACUUGUACUUAUUCAACACUAACCCAGCCUAUGCACAAUGUAUUCCAGAGGGUGACUGUCCUUACCCUCACCAGCUGUGAUUAUUGUCACAAAGAAUAUUUUCACUGAAGUAACAAAGGGGAAAAGGGGUCAAUCCAACAGUGUGAGGAGACAAAGCUCUUCAACGCCGUCCUAUCUUUUCCGAGAUGCAUUGCAGUUUACUAUUGUCUUGACAGCCCAAAUUCUUGUUUCUCAGAGAGAGUUGUAUAAAGAGGACACUCUACAGUAACUAAUAACCUAAGCAACUCUCUUAUUAGAAAUAUGGUUGUCCCAGAGUCCCUUAUCAGUUUUGUUCAGCCCAUCCAAGCUGCGAAAUCAUCAUUUGCCAUCAUUAUCAGUUUUACAGUGUACUUAUGAUUUCAAUGACUUUGUAACCAAUAAACUGAAUUCUGAA